AUGCCUGUAAUCCCAGCUACUUGGGCUAAGGCAGGAGAAUCGCUUGAACCCAGGGGGCAGAGGUUGCAGUUAGCCAAAGAUCACGCCCUGCACUCCAGCCUGUGCGACAGAGUGAGACCCUGUCUCACAAACCCACACACAAAAUUAUCGAGCUUUGGUGGCAGGCACCUGUAAUCCCAGCUACUCCAGGAGGCUGAGGCAGGAGAAUUGCUUGAACCUGAGAGGCAGAGGUUGCAGCGAGCCGGUAUCAUGCCAUUGCACUUCAGCUUGGGUGACAGAGUGAGACUGUCUCAAAAGAAAAAAAAAAAAAUGUAUUUGCUCAGUUAGGAUGGAAAUAGGCCUGUAUGGAAAGUACAGUUAAUGUUUGAGUUGUACCUUGAUGCAAGCAGUUUCUUGGGAGAAAUGGCAUCCAGCCCAGUGGAGACCGGCAAGAACAGGUCAUGUCCAUACAUUCCCGCUAGAGGGCAGUGCUGGUGUUCGAGGCUUCGGAGGUCACCUUGAAGGCUAACGGUGUGAUCAUUGGAGAACAGCUGGCGUACAGCCAUGUCUCAGUAUAGGCUACAGGUCUUCAGAGAGGCCCCUGACAGCAGAGUGUGUCGCAGCCUCUGGUCUCACAGUGCCUUUUAACCUCUUGAAUUUCUGUGUAUUUUGAAUUCCAGUAGUCGAGGUCAGAAUCUCAUAUAUGGGAUCUGAGAAGGUGCCAUAUAACAUUCUCCAGCGGAGCGGGGAAUCCAACCACAUUCUCUGGGGUGGGAGGGAAGUUUACUCCAUUCCUCAUUUAUGGGGGCUGCUAAGGGGUGAUGCAUCACUCGUGAAGGAAGGAGGAACACACUCCAAGUUCUUAUCACAGCACACAAGUCAUUCAUGUAGCAAACUAUGUAAGUGGAAUCAUUUGAAACCUACAUAACAGGGGGCCCAGGUUUCUCCUGCCUCAGAGACUUCAUCUGGGCUGCUCCUCUGCCUGGAACUCUCUGGCUCCUCAGCUGCAGGUGACAAACACCCUUCCUUCCCCAGGCCUUUGUUCUGGUAGUACCUUCUUAGGAUUCUGUGACUCCCCCAUAGCCCCCGAUUUAACACUCCAGCCUGAUCCCACCCCAACUCUCCUCCAUUUUGAAGCUCUUUGUGUUUCUUUCUUUCCCUUUUCCUGCCACUGUCUGGAUCCUGGUGACAGCAAGGACCCAAGGGGAGAGACGAGCCAGAAGGUGGGGACUGUGCUGGCUCAACCCCUCUGAGUGGAGCUCAGCCCUAGUCUCACAUUUGAGAGCUGAGGCAUUUUGCAGAAACAUCUCUUGUGCCUCCUUACAGAGAUUCUGAUUUCAAUACUCAGGUGGAGGCCAGGCCUAAUAUUUAAAGCCGAUACUACAGUAGUUGCUCCCUAUCUGCUGGUCUGAUUUCUGUGGUUCCAGAUCCUCGAGUUUAACCGUGGUCUGAAAAUAUUACACAGAAAGUUCCAAAAAUGAAGAAUGCACAGCUUUUAAACUUCUCGCCAUUCCGAGUAGUGUGCUGAAAUCUAGCACUGUCCUACUCUCUUUUGUUUUUGAGGAGUCUCCAUUGCCCAGGCUGGAACGCAGUGGUGCAAUAUCGGCACACUGCAACCUCUGCCUCCCAGGUUCAAGUGAUUCUCAUGCCUCAGCCUCCCAAGUAGCUGGGAUUACAGGCAUAUACCACCACACCCCACUAAUUUUUUGUAUUUUUAGUAGAGACAGUUUCACCAUGUUGCCCAGGCUGGUGUUGAACUCCUGAGCUCAGGCAAUCCACCUACCUUGGCCUCCCAAAGUGCUAGGAUUACAGGUGUGAGCCACUGUACCCGGCCAGUCCCACGCUAUUUUGCCCAGGACUCGAAUCAUCUCCUUUUCUGGUAUAUCUAGGCAGUACAGUCAUCCCUCAGUAUCGGAGGGAUUACUUCCACGACCCCUGAGGAUACCAAAAUCAGGUGAUCUUCAAGUCCCUUAUGUAAAGUUGCUUAGUACAGCCAUACACUGCAUAAUGACAUUUUGGUCAACAAUCAAAUCUGUGAUGGUGGUUCCAUAAGAUUACACUGUUACACUGGAGAUGAAAAGUUCCUGUUGCCUAGCUACAUCAGAGCAGUCAUGACGUCAUAGUGCAGUGCAUUCCUUGUGUCUGUGGUGAUGCUGGGGGAAACAAACCUAGAUCGUUGCCAGGCAGCUUUAACCUGGGUGUGGGUGAGGAUGACACUGAUGCUCCUAGAGGUGGUUCAUGAGGAAUGGACGAAUAAGUGGUUGGAACUGAUACGAGAACACAUAGCUGAAGAAGAGACACAGGAGUCUUGCCAUGUUGCCCAAACUGGUCUCGAAAUUCUGGACUCAAGCAGUCUGCCUGCCUCGUUCUCCAAACGUGCUGGGAUUACAGGCAUGAGCCACCACGCCUGGCCGAGUAUUCAGUAUUUAUAAAAUCUACUGUAGUACACAGUUAUGUCGUAGGCCAUCACAUUCGGUCACCACACACUCACUGACUCAUCCAGAGCAAUUUCUAGUCCUGCAAGCGCCAUUCAUGGAUUGACUUAUAAACAGUCAUGCUAUGUGAUGAAGAAGCCCAGAAGAGGAAAGCAAAGGAGUCAGGGAUGGCUCUUCCUCAGGGACACUUGACAUUCAUGGACGUGGCCAUCGAAUUCUCUCAGGAGGAGUGGAAAUCCCUGGACCCUGGACAGAGGGCUUUAUACAGGGAUGUGAUGUUGGAGAACUACAGGAACCUGGUCUUUCUGGGAAUCUGUCUUCCUGACCUAAGUAUUAUUUCCAUGUUGAAGCAAAGGAGAGAGCCCUUGACUCUGCAAAGUCAAGUUAAAAUAGUAAAAAAUACAGAUGGAAGGGAAUGUGUCAGAAGCGUGAACACAGGGAGGAGCUGUGUAUUGGGAAGCAAUGCAGAAAACAAGCCUAUUAAAAAUCAACUUGGAUUAACCCUUGAGCCACAUCUGUCUGAAUUGCAGCUGUUUCAAGCCGGAAGGAAAAUUUACAGAAGUAAUCAAGUUGAAAAGUUUACAAACCAUCAUUCCUCAGUUUCACCACUUCAAAAAAUUUCUUCUAGUUUCACAACACACAUUUUUAAUAAAUAUAGAAAUGAUCUUAUUGAUUUCCCAUUACUCCCACAAGAAGAGAAAGCAUACAUUAGAGGAAAAUCUUAUGAAUGUAGUGAAGAUGGUGAAGUUUUUAGAGUCCCUGCAAGCCUUACUAACCAUCAAGUAAUCCAUACUGCAGAGAAACCUUACAAAUGUACUGAAUGUGGCAAGGUCUUCAGUCGCAAUUCACACCUGGUAGAACAUUGGAGAAUUCAUACUGGACAGAAGCCUUACAAAUGUAGUGAAUGUGACAAGGUGUUUAAUCGCAAUUCAAACCUUGCACGACAUCAAAGAAUUCAUACUGGAGAGAAGCCUCACAAAUGUAACGAAUGUGGCAAAGCUUUUAGAGAGUGUUCAGGACUUACUACCCAUCUCGUAAUCCAUACCGGAGAGAAACCUUACAAAUGUAAUGAGUGUGGCAAGAACUUCAGGCACAAAUUUUCUCUAACCAAUCAUCAGAGAAGUCACACGGCGGAAAAACCUUACAAAUGUAAUGAAUGUGGCAAGGUCUUUAGUCUGCUUUCAUACCUUGCACGGCAUCAAAUAAUUCAUAGUACAGAGAAGCCCUACAAAUGUAACGAAUGUGGAAAAGCAUUUCGCAAGCGUCCGGGCCUUAUGGCCCAUCUUCUAAUCCAUACUGGAGAGAAACCUUACAAAUGUAAUGAAUGUGACAAAGUCUUUGGGCGCAAAUUAUACCUAACCAACCAUCAGAGAAUUCAUACUGGAGAGAGACCUUACAAGUGUAAUGCAUGUGGCAAGGUCUUCAAUCAAAAUCCACACCUUUCACGACAUCGGAAAAUUCAUGCUGGAGAGAAUUCACUGCGUACCUUACAGAUGGAAUGAAUGUGGCAAAAUCUUUAGUUACAAUUCACACCUAGCACAACAUUGGAGGACUCAGGAGAAAAACCUUACAAAUAUCAUAAAUGUGGCAAAGAAUUUAGUUUGCAUUGAAGCCUCACACUCAUCUCUUGAUCCACACUGAAAGGAAACCCUACAAAUGUAAAGUUAAUAACAUAUAUAAUCUAUAAAGAGAGAACAGUUAUAUCAGAAUAGAGCAUUUAAUGAAAACUACCAGUAUAGCAUAUUCUUGAGUAGGAUCCACAUUUAACUGCUGGCACCGUAAUUUGUAACUCUUUGAUUUAGAAUGUACAUACUUCUCAUGUUUUAAGUAAUAAAGUUUUUUUUUAGUUUUCUCUUUUUUUUUGAGACCAAGUCUCGCUGUAUUACCCAGGCUGGAGUGCAGUGGCAUGAUCUUGGCUCACUGCAACCUCCGUCUCCCGGAUUCAAGCAAUUCUCCUGCCUCAGCCUCAUGAGUAGCUGGGAUUACAGGCAUGCGCCGCUACUGCCCGGCUAAUUUUUGUAUUUUUAGUCGAGACGGGGUUUCCCUGCGUUGGCCAGGCCGGUUUCAAACUCCUGACCUCAAGUGAUCCACCGGCCUUGGCCUCCCAAAGUGCUGGGAUUAUAGGUGUGAGCCACAGCGCCCGGCCUAGUUUAAAUUUUUCUUAGUGUGAAUGAAUUACAUCCUUUCUACCAGCAUUGUUUAAUCUUACCUCAGGAGGAUACUUUAUAGUGGAGAAUAAUAACCCAUUAGGAUUUUAAGGUUGAAGCAGCCAGAAAAAUGUGUGUGUGUGUAUGUGUGUGAGACAUAAAACAACAUACGCUUUUGGGUGCAUAUACUUAAGUAGGUAUGAUUUUGAGUAAUUAUACUUAGUACUUGAGUUAGUUUCUCUGUACUCUGGUGUAGGAUGCUUAUGUGGGUAAAGUCAAAAUCACUUUGUUAAUAGCAGUACAAUUUCAGCCUUGUACACCCUCAAAUGUGUGUGAGUGUUAAAGAGUAUGCCCUGUAUUACGUUUCUACAUGCCUCUUUCUUGUGUGCCAAAUAAGAACUAUGGUGUGCACCUUCAUUUUCAUGCAGCAAAAAUAUAUAGUAAUAUAACAAAUAUUAGGAAAUAAAGUAUGGGUUGAGGGCAAAAAUACUGUAACAUGGCCGGGCCUGGUGGCUCACGCCUGUAAUCUCAGCACUUUGGGAGGCUGAGUUGGGUGGAUCACGAGGUCAGGAGAUUGAGACCAUCCUGGCCAACAUGGUGAAACCUUGUCUCUACUAAAAAUACAAAAAAAAAAAAAAAUUAGCUGGGCGUGGUGGUGUGCACCUGUAAUCCCAGCUACUUGGGAGGCUGAGGCAGGAGAAUCGCUUGAACCCAAGAGGCAGAGGUUGCAGUGAGCUGAGAUCACACCACUGCACUCCAGCCUGGUGACAGAGCAAGGCUCCGUCUCAAAAAAAAAAAAAUACUGUAACACAAUUUCUUUUUGUACUUCUAGUGUUCAGUGACAUCAUUUGAAAAUAUUAAUGUUCACCCAUCUUCUUUUUAAGUCACACACAGAAAGGGAAUUUUGUUUUGGUACAUUAACUAGAAACUUCAUAUAGUCACCCUCACAACUCUUUUGGUAAUUUGAAUUUUUGACCACUCUUCUGGAACUUGUUUGAAGUCCCCCUAAGGUUUGGCUUGGAUCUUGAGAAUGAUGAUCCCAUACACUGAUAUGGUUUGAGAGUGUUUAUUAUAUCAUGAGGCUCUGUGGGGGAAAGCAGGGUAUACUUUUCCAGCUGGUCCAAAAGUGGCUUCAGAGAACUGGGAUAGGUGACUGGCUUGGGGUGUCAUGAUUGCUAAAGGGUAGGGCUGGGGCGGGGAUACCCACUACCCAUACUGGAAAGUUAGCUACAAUUCACACCUAGCAUGUAUAUUUUUAUAUUUUUUGUAUGUAUAUAUAUUUUUACAUUUUUUUCCUACAUUGCCUCCAAAUUCUAUGUUUAAUACAUUUCUUCCCUGUUUUGCUCUGGUAAAAACUUUAGGGGACAAAUAAAUGAGAGUGCUCUUUGGAGAGAAAAUUUUGUGACAUGGGACUGGGCAUUGUGGCAUGUGCCUGUAGUCCCAGCUACUUGGGAGGCUGAGAUGGGAGGAUCACUUGAUGCCAGGAGGUCGAGGCUGCAGUCAGUGAGCUGUGAUUGUGCUAUUGCACUUCAGCCUGGGCGACAGAGGGAGACCAUCUCAAAAAAAAGAAAAAAAAAGUUGUGACCUGAGUAUGUCCAUAAGACAAUGGCCGGUAUACACUAGGUUUGAACUUCCAGUUGGUUCCAAAGGAGUGAGCACUGAGGCUUUAUUAUCAGUUGACCAGAUGGGCAGAAUAGGAAGAGGGAGUGCAGAGGUGUAAAAGGCGUUGGUGUUCAGACAUCACAAAAUGCAGUCAAUUCUACUGAAUGCUUCCUUUGGAAACUCCUGCCAUCUUGGUUAGGAAAUACCCCCAAUUUUCUUCAUGGUAAUAUGUUAUAUUCCUUUUAUGGAUACAGAUACAGGUCUCAUUGCACAAUAUGAUUGUUGAAAAUGCUUGUGAAUUAUAGUUUAGUAAAAUUGCCUAAGGUUUUUGUUUUUGUUUUUUUACAGUAGUUCAAUGAAAAUUAUUGUGCGGAAGUGUUUAUAAUAAAUGUGACUUACCAUAUAGUUUCAUAAUAUCUAAUUAUACAAUAUGACAAUUGUAAUAUAUUACAUAAUGACAAUUUUGUAAUCUAUAUUUAUUAUACGAUAAAUAUAAUUUUACUACAAGAGCAUUUUUCCAAAAGCUGUGGAUAUGUCAUUUUCAGAUUAUGGUAUUAUGCAAUAUAUUCUAUGGGUCAUUUUCAAUUGUAAUAAAAUUAUAUUUUUUGUAUGUA